AUGGCUCCAGCAACUGCAAUUCAGAAGCUCCACAAGGCUGCCAGAAACCACCAGAAUGCCCUUGGUGGUGGUUGGGCCACUCCCUUCCCUCGCGACAUUCUCAAGCAGCAGCAAAAGUCCACUGCUGCACAGACAACCAAGGUUACCAAGGUCACCAAGGUCACCAAGAUCAUCAAGGUUCGCCCACAGCCAUCCAACUUCUUCAAGAGCGCCGAAGAGCUUCUCGCCAUGGCUGAGAAGUCUACAACCAUCAAGGCUCAGGCAAAGCCUAUCUAUCUCGACCACAACGACAGUACAGCUGAGCCUGUCAUGACAUCCAACAAGGCAGGGGCUCGUCAAGACUCCCUGGCACCAUUCUCUCCUGCUCCCAAGACCAAGAAGUCACCCAAACCCAACAAUAACGGGGCAAGCAUCAAGGGUAACCUCAAAAGCAGCUCUUGCUCUCCCACCAGCGCCAGGGGCGUCUACCUGCUGCUGUCCAUCAUCGAAUCCCGCGACUACGAUAACUGGACCACAGCUCUGGAAGAACACUGCAGCCUCUUCCACGACGACUUCAACGAAUACUACUCGAGCAUCGAGUUUGACUCUCACAACUCGCGCUACCACAUCUAUGCCGACUGCGAGAACAAGGUCAUGGCCAUGCUGCUCAAGAGCAAGCUCGACGGCGACAUCAUCCUCGGCAAGCAGUUGAUUUGCGAAUUCAUCUAA